GCCGGUGCACUAAGCUCUCACUAUGCGCAGGGUCCGAACAAGGGUCGGACCAUAAGGGUACGGUCUAUUGUAUGCCGCCUUACCCUGCAUUUCUGCAAGAGGCUGUUUCCACGGCAUAAGGCUGUUCAUAUUUUCUUCCAUUCCUCCCCUCUCUAUCUAUCAUCAAGUCAUUAAAGUAAAGGAUGCGAUGAUUGGCUUUGAGAGAGAGACUGAGAUGCUGAUGGAGAAACUUGUGACAGGGCCUCGGCAAUUAGAUGUGAUCUCAAUUUUUGGAAUGCCAGGACUAGGAAAAACAACUUUGGCUAAGAGAUUGUAUGAUUGUGAAUCAAUUUCCAAUCGCUUUGACAUUGGCUUGUGGUGUUGUUCUUCCCAAUCUUAUGAUAAGAGAUCUCUCUUAUUCGAAUUAUUGAAUCAUAAUUGUAAGCUUGAUACUAUUACCAAAGAAAAGAGUGAUGACGAGCUAGCUGAGAAGCUUUACAAACAUUUGAAGGGAAAGAGGUACCUUAUUGUUGUCGAUGAUGUGUGGAGUUAUGAGGCAUGGGAUGAUAUAAGAAGACCUUUUCCAGAUGAUGAUAAAGGAAGUAGAAUUAUUUUGACGACCAGACUUGAAUCAAUCGCCACAUAUGCCAUGAUCGAUUCGAGUCCUCAUUUCCUUCGCUUGUUCACAGAAGAAGAAAGUUGGAUGCUAAUGAAGGAGAAGGUAUUCAAAGAAGACAAUUAUUGUCCACAAGAACUCGAGGAGAUCGGUAAGCAAAUAGUAACAAAGUGUGGAGGAUUACCCCUUGCUAUUAUACUGAUAGCAGGUUUUCUUGCAAAAAAUGAUAAGGAAGUAGAUUACUGGGAAGAAGUCGCGGAAAGUUUGAAAUCAAGAAUGAAAGACUGCAUGGAUAUAGUUGAAUCGAGUUACCAACACUUACCCAUUCAUUUGCAGAAAUGCUUUCUCUACUUUGCUUCAUUUUUAGAAGACCAGAAAGUUCCUGUUAAAAAACUGAUACGACUAUGGAUCGCAGAAAAUUUUGUUGAAGCUAGUAGUACAUCGAAGAGCUUAGAAAUGGUUGCCAUGGAUUACUUGAUGGAUUUAAUUAGCAGCAACCUUGUAAUGGUGGCCAAAAUCAAUUCCUUAGGGGAGCUUAAAGUCAUCCAUAUUCAUGAUUUAAUACAUGAAUUCAGUUUGGUAAAAGCUAAAAACGAGAACUUUUUGCUGAGGAUAAAUAGAGUAGGUGAAUUUUGCUCAUCUCGCAGAAGUUGGCUGAGGAGAAUCGGUUAACAACAUGGAAUUAUGUAUGUGAGAGGACGGGCUGACGAGGGCGGAUCAAGCAAGACUUGCAAGCAGGAGCGGAUUUAGGGGGGGCGAAAGGGGGUUCGCCCCCUUCGUCGGAAAAUUACACUAGCAAAAUCUGUUAUGUACCUCUAUAUAUUGUAUUUUGAAUUCCCUUGACACAACUAAAAAGCAUAACUUAAUG